AUGGUUUAUAUAACUUCCUGGGAUGAAUUCGUCGACAGAUCCGUACAGCUUUUCCGUGCCGAUCCCGAAUCUACGCGAUAUGUGAUGAAGUACAGGCAUUGCGAUGGGAAAUUGGUUCUCAAAGUCACUGAUAAUAAAGAGUGUCUGAAAUUUAAAACAGAUCAGGCACAGGAUGCAAAGAAGAUGGAAAAACUUAACAAUGUAUUCUUCACUUUGAUGUCCAGGGGUCCAGAAGUGGAUCCUGCAGAAGUUACCGGGAAAGACCAGAUGGAUGCACAGCCAACCAAGAAAGGAAGGGGAAGGAAACAAUAG